AUGUCGGAAAUCAAUACAUUAGCAUUUACUAAAAUGUUUCUUCAUCUAGCUAAAUAUCCUGAAUUAGCUGUAAAUGGUAUUUUAUUAGGUGUUCGAAGUAAUUCAGCAAAUGAUGAAGCUGAUUCAUCAUAUCUUAAUUUUGUUGAUUGUAUUCCAUUAUUUCAUGGUGUUCUUUCAUUAUCACCUAUGCUUGAAAUAGCAUUAUCACAAAUUGAUGCUUAUUGUUCAACACGAAAUUUAACUAUUGCUGGUUAUUAUCAUGCGAAUGAAAAUUAUUCCGAUCCGAAUCCAAAUUUUACGGCUUUAAGAAUAAUGGAAAAAAUAAAAGAAAAUAAUCCUAACGCUGUUUUAUUAAUGAUCGACAAUACUCUUGUUGAUUUAAAUGAAAAUGAUCGAUUUUAUAAUGUAUUCACAUUGACCGAUAAAACUUGGAAAAAUGUUAACGAAACACAUAUUGUCAAUGAUGAAAGUCGUUUAUCUGCCUUAAGUCUUGUUAAACGUAAUCAACAUCGUCAAAUAAUUGAUUUUGAUAAUCAUUUAGAUUCGAUUUCUAAUGAUUGGCGUAAUCCAAAUAUACGCAAUGAACUCAAUGCAACAUCUUUCUAG